AUGGCUACCUUCGUGAUGCAAGCGUUGGGCUGCGACGUGGCCGCUAUAAACACAGUCAACUUCAGCAACCAUACCGGCUACCGUCGCUUUCAGGGCACGCGCGCCACCGCCGAGGAGAUCACGAACCUCUGGAAUGGUCUCAAGUCCUCCUACCUCACCGACUUCUCGGUCCUCCUCUCAGGCUAUUGCCCCUCUGCAGCUGUCGUUAACGCUGUCGGCGUGAUCGCCCGUGAGCUCCGUCUACGCAGUGAACUGAGCCCUGGCGACUUCUUCUGGGUGCUGGACCCCGUGAUGGGCGAUCAGGGGAAGCUCUACGUGGCGGAAGAGGAGGUCGACGCGUACGGGCAGUUGGCAGGACAGGCGGACCUGGUUCUGCCGAAUCAAUUCGAAUUGGAGUUGUUGGCAGGGCUAGAAGUGGGCAGUAUAGGAAAAGGAGGCAUGAAGUCCUGUGUGGAGGCCAUGGGGAAGUUGCAUGCGACGGGGGUGAGUCACAUUGUGGUGACAAGCAUCAGAGUAGAAGGACAGGGAGAGGACGAGUUGCAGGUGGUGGGAAGCAGUGUGAACAGCAAAGGCGAGGGCAGAUAUUUCGUCGUGAAGGUGCCGAAGCUGGACUGCUUCUUUAGUGGGACAGGAGACAUGUUUGCUGGGCUGAUGGUGGCCAGGUUGAGGGAGGAGUGUGAGCAACAAGGCACGCUUCGCCAAAGAGCAUGGAUGAGCGACGACGGUGUCGGUCCCGCAGACCUCCCGCUGGCGAGAGCUACGGAGAAAGUAUUGAGCAGUAUGCAGAUGGUAUUGGAGAAGACGAUGACUGCAAGGGACGAGCAGAUGGCUCACUUCGGCCAAAGCCCCGGCGCCAGUAUUGGCGGGCUCGAUGGAGACCAGAUCUCGACGGAGGAGGACAGGCGGUAUCUCGCUCAGACACAGGCAGCGGAGGUGAGGGUCGUGCGCAACCAGAAGGACCUGCUGGAACCAGAUGAGAGAUAUAAAGCAGAAGCGGUGUAA